GACAGCCCGAGGGACGGCCGCCGGCCCGGUGUCGCAGCGGGCGGAGCUGGCCACGUCCCUGGUGCAGGGCUGUCGCCUGGUGCCAGGCCCCUCCCCCCUGGAGAGGGUGGCCGUCCGCCCCGAGACGGGGGAGUUGCUCCGGCGCCUGGCGGCGAGGUUCCAGGACUUCUGCCAGGCCGAGCUCCGCGACUGGGCCACGUGGGCCCAACUGGACGUGCACUUGACCGACUUCAUGAACCUGAUGUUCCUGGCGGGGGAGGCGUCGGACACGGGCUCCCAGCUCGUCGCAGCCUUGGCGCACUUCAUCCCCGAGCUGCAGGCGGCGGCCCUGGCCGUCGCGGGGCUGCUGGCGGCCGCCGGGCAUCCAGCCAUCUUCGCGCGCCGCCGCGCCCCUGCCAAGACCCAGCGGCGGGGUCGCUGGCAGGCCGCCAGCUCGAUGAAGAGGUGCGCGAAGGAGACCAAGCGCCGGGCCGAGAUAGCCCGGGUCCUGGGCGACGCGUGCACGUUUGGGCGCCUCGUGGAGACAAACAUUGCGGCCGUGCUGCAGGGCGGGCUGCUGAUGUCGCCCUUGGUCGAGCAGGUGCCCGUCAGCCUCCCGGCGGCUUUCUCGAGGCCCCGCGCAGCGCCCAGCCAGCUGGCGCCAUUUGCUACGCCAGCCGCCGUCGAGAACCACUUAUCGCAGAAGUUCUCGCGUGCCUUGAGAG